UUCACUUUUCUUUCUUUAUUUUUUUCUUAUCUUCAAAAUUCCAAUUAGGUAAAAAUCGGUUGACUCAUAACCGAGUCAGCGACUCAUAAAACGAUUCCAAUUCGAGGAAUCUCCUCCACUUUUCAUUUAUAUAAAAGCAACUUCUCCAUUCCAUUAUGGAACUGAACAAAAAAUGCUUGUAGAAUAAUAGCUAAAUCGAAAGAUGGGUGGAGACGAAGUAGCUUUAGAUGUGGAGGAGACGAUCUUCGUGGCGGUUGCGGAAGAUGUGGAGAGGAGCAAAACGACGCUGUUGUGGGCGGCUCGAAACUUCUCCGGCAAGAAGAUUUGCUUGCUUUACGUCCAUCGCCCUGCUCCUCCCGCCUCCUGGACACACAAGAAACUUGCUGGGGGUACCUUUAAGAAACAUGCAGUCAAGGUGAUUGAGCGUGUUGAUAAACAAAAGGUGGAGGAGCUUAUGGAUUCUUAUCUACGCCUUUUCUCGAAUACUGAGGUUCAAACAGAUAAACUUUGCAUUGCGGGACAAAAUAUCGAGGAAGGUAUUGUCGACUUAAUUGCUCGACACAAUAUUAAAUGGUUCGUAAUGGGAGCUGCAUCAGAUAAGCAUUACUCUUGGAGAAUGACGGAUUUGAAGUCCAAGAAAUCCAUAUUCGUAUGCAAAAAUGCUCCUGAUUCCUGCCAUAUUUGGUUUCUGUGUAAAGGUUACCUCAUCUUUACAAGGACAACGAAUGACGAUAGUAGUAACACACAAACAAUGCCUCCCCUAGUACAGUUGGAUUCAGAUACUGAGACAAGAAGAUCAGAAAGACUGGAAUCCUCUUACAUGAGGAGAAGGUUAAGAUAUUGGCGUAGCCUCCUUGAACAAGAUGGUGAGAAAGACACAAGUCAACUGGAGAAAGAUAAGGUGGAACCACGACCGGCUCCUUCUUCAGGUUCUGGUUCUUCCUUUGGAGAGCCGGUUGGUCCAGAAUUAGUUGGCUCAGAUACCUUAACUACUUCAUAUGUCGAGGAGAAGAAACGUGAAGGGAAUGUAGCGCGCGAAGUUCAUAGGUAUGAUAAAGCCAUGCAUGGUAUCAGCCAAUCAGAGAGAACUGUGUAUGGGGAGGAAGCUCGGAACGAAUCUAAAGAGGAUGACAGUACCAUGGAGGCUUUAUGCAAGGCCAAAGCCUUGGACGGCUUAUGCACUAAGGAGUUGAAUCGAAGAAAUAAACUAGAGGAAUUGCUAGAGAAAGAAAAGGAUGAAGUAAAGACGGCAACAGAGCAGAAGAAUCGAUUCAUGAGAAAGCUUGAGAUAGUUCAGGGUGAUAAUCAUAGGUUGGAGAGACAGGUAACGAGACUACAAGACUUGGAAAAAGAACACGGUGAGAAAUUCGAUACUGCCAUGGAGCUCUUGAAAAGCUUCAGGCAGAAAAGGGACGAGAUCAGGAUCGAUCACGAGAAUGCGAUAAAGGAAGUAAACGCAUUGAAGAGAUUGAUAAAAGGAAAGUCUGUAGAGUACUCUUCAGGCUCAGAAAUGCUCGACUAUUCUUUCGUGGAAAUCAAUGAAGCUACUGACGAGUUUGAUCCGUCCUCGAAGCUUGGAGAAGGCAAACACGGAAGUGUGUACAAAGGGAAUCUUCAACAACAUCUUCAAGUUGCUGUGAAGAUGUUGCCAUCAUAUGGCUCCCAGAAUCACUUUGAGUUCGAGCGUAAGGUGGAGAUUUUAAGGAGAGUAAGGCAUCCAAACCUAGUAACAAUAAUGGGUACUUGUCCAGAGUCUCGGUCUCUUAUUUAUCAAUACAUUCCCAACGGAAGCCUCCAAGACUGCUUCUCCUCGUCUGCAAACAACGUUCCUGCUCUUCCAUGGGAAACUAGGAUCAGGAUCGCCUCUGAGAUAUGCUCUGCACUCCUCUUUCUUCAUUCAAACCUUCCUUGCAUCAUUCAUGGAAACUUAAAACCCUCCAAGAUUCUCCUCAACUCCAACCUCGUCACCAAGAUCAGCGACUACGGGAUCUCUCAGCUGAUCCCAAUCGACAAAUCCGAUCCUCACGUAGAUCCACAUUACUUUGUCUCCGGCGAAAUGACGCCGGGAUCAGACGUGUACUCGUUUGGGAUGAUUCUGCUUCAGCUUCUCACCAGAAGACCUCUCUCUGGGGUACUGAGAGAUGUCAAAUGCGCUGUGGAGAAUGAUAACAUCAGCGCGGUGCUGGAUAAUUCAGGAGGAGACUGGCCAGCCGCACGAGGGAAAAAGCUAGCUAUUAUAGCCAUACGUUGCUGUAAGAGAAACCCGUCGAAUCGACCAGACUUGGCCGUUGUUCUAAGGAAUAUAAAUCGCAUGAAAGCUCCUUUAUCAGAAACAUCGUCAUACAACAAUUCCAACCAAAACCCUCCACGCAAGCCUCCUUCUCAUUACUUAUGCCCCAUUUUUCAGGAAGUGAUGAAAGAUCCUUUGAUAGCAGCAGAUGGGUUUACGUACGAAGCGGAAGCAAUAAGGGAAUGGUUAGCGAAUGGGCAUGAUACGUCACCGAUGACAAAUCUGAAGAUGGAAGAUUGCAAUCUCAUACCUAAUCACGCUCUUCAUCAUGCUAUCCAAGAUUGGCAUAACCAAUGGUGAUUACAUUUACUUUUGCAUCAAGCUCGCAAUUCUUUUUUAGAUUUGUCGCUUUGUAAAGUAUGCUUAAAUAUAUAAAGCCCACAUAUAUAUAUAUAUCGCCAGUUUAUAA